AGCGACUUUUGUCGUAUCUAGAACGUAGUAGUACAUGGACAAUAAUAAAUGCAGUUGGGGAAAAAUAAUUUCAUUCUAUGCUAAAUAUCAAAUUGCUUUCUGUUUUAUGAGUGCUCAUUUCAGAUUAUAUAGUCUAUAUGCCUAAUUGCUAUGCAUGUAGUUGCACAAAUGCAGUCUCUUUCUGGUUUUGAGCUUUGAAUUUUGAUAUUGUCAGUACAUGUGUAUUUACUGCUACAUAUUUGAAACAUGGUGGCUUUUUCAUUAGUUUGUCCUCUAAUCGGAGGAAAGAGAAUGAAAUGCUUUACAAGAGAUUUAAGGGUUUUCGCAGAUGGCGGUGACGAUGAGUUUCCCUCGUUUCUCCCCCAAGAAGUACACAAAAUCAAAGACCCAUUUGCUCGAAACUUGGCUCAGAGGAUUCAGAGGCUCCCUGUACAGGUUGGAUUUUCUGAAAGUUGUAUCAUGAGUAGUUGUGUGAAGCCACUAAUAAAAAGGGAGACCAAUCCAGUGGUUCUUCUCCAUUGUUUUGACAGUUCUUGCUUAGAAUGGAGAUGUGUAUACCCCUUGCUUGAGGAGGCUGAUUUGGAGGUUUGGGCUGUCGAUGUCCUUGGGUGGGGCUUCUCCGAUUUAGAAAAACUUCCACCAUGUAAUGUGGCAUCAAAACGUCAUCAUCUCUAUCAGCUUUGGAAAUCCCACAUUAAAAGGCCAAUGGUAUUAGUUGGACCAAGCCUUGGUGCUGCUGUUGCAAUUGAUUUUGUAGUCAAUUAUCCUGAAGCUGUAGAAAAGCUGGUUUUGAUUGAUGCAAAUGUGUAUGCUGAAGGCACAGGAAUCUUCACAAAGUUACCUAGAAUUGCGGUCUAUGCAAUGGUCUCCUUGUUGAAGAGCAUCCCACUACGGCUAUGUGCAAAGCUAUUGCUCUUACAGAGUAUCCCACUAAAUUUGACCUUAGAUUGGACUAAUGUGGGCCGCUUACACUGUCUGUUACCCUGGUGGGAAGAUGCUACAGUUAAUUAUAUGCUUAGUGGGGGAUAUAACGUUAUAGCUCAAAUAAAACAGGUGAAGCAAAAAGCACUUAUCAUAUGGGGGGAGAACGACCGUAUCGUCAGCAAUAAGAAUGCAUUGAGACUGUACUGUGAACUGCCAAAUGCGCAUAUGCGUCAAAUACCAGACUCUGGUCAUAUCCCUCAUGUUGAAAAGCCCCACUCUGUUGCAGAGUUGAUUGCCAAGUUUGCUCUGGGUGAUAGAUUCUAAUAAGAUGCUACUUUUCCGAUGCUGAGUUCAUGGUCCUACAUAUUGCUGCCUCAUCUAGCAUGGUGGUAGAGGCAUCAAGAGUGCGGUUGGGUCAUUCACUUCUUGCAAUUGAUCUAGCAGCAGAAAGGAAAAAAGAAAAAUAAACAAUUGUGGGUAUGAUUUAGAUUAAGCAUAUGAAAAGUAGCAUGGCCAGGUUAAUAUGUAGAUAAAUUGUACGCAAUAACUUAUAGCAUGGUUGGAUUAAUUUACUUAUAGGUAAAUUUUGACCUCUACUGCUCUGCUCUGUUGUGUUUCUCAAGUAUUUUCUACCACAAACUAGUACUUCUUGUGCUAGAUGCUGGACAGAAAAGAAUAGAGAGACCUAGUGAAGUUUUGGGCUGCCUAGAUUUUGGGUUGUACUGAUUAGUUUGGACUAUAACAGCCCAUCUUGAUAAUGCUAAAAUAUUUGCAAUAUUCAUAUUCACAUAUUCCCCAAUCAUGCUGCCAAAACCGUUAUAUUUCAAAUCUUUCAAUUCAAUUGGAGCUUUAAACCCUACUGUAGUUGUAUUAAAUUCUAACCAUUGAACAAUUAAAUCUCAUUCAUUGGAGUAUUUUUUUUUUUUUUUUUUUUUUUUAAAUUUAAUGAAA